UCUUUAUGAGAGGAUCAAUUUAGAGAGAGAAAGUGUAGCUUUUCACCUGGUAGCUAGGGUUUUCUAGAGAACAGAGAGAGAACAAUCGAAGCAAGGAUACAGGGUAGUGUUCUCUAAGAUUGUUGCUGGAUCAUUUUGACACCGCGCCAUGGAAAGGCGCAGAAGAAGACGCAGAACUGGAGGUUUAGCGACAAGCAAUUGCAACGAAGAACAAACAACCUCUGGUGUUGGUGUUGGUGUUGGUGUUCAUCUUCCUUCGCCCAUUAUUGUCGAUAUUCUUUCAAGGCUUCCAACCAGGAGCCUCUUGAAGUGCAAGUGCAUUUGUAAAAACUGGCAAUACUUAAUUAUGCAUGACCUUUAUUUUCGUAAGAUUCGCCUCGCGAGGGCGGACAUUUUAGAUGAUAUUGUGAUACCGGUUAACGGUUCUCGAAGACUAUUCUAUUUGUUGGAGCUUGGAGAGGACUCUAAUUAUGUUCAUCGAACACACUGGCCAAUGAGGUUCAAAAUCCAAUCUAAUAAAAAAUUGAUAGGUUCUUGUAAUGGUUUGUUCUGUUUGCUGAAUUAUUACAAUAGAGACACUGUGUACAUAAGCAAUCCCAUUUUGGGAGAAUCUGUUGCCCUUCCCAAACCCAAAACAGAUGCAAAACCCUUUAGAGUGACUUAUUGUUUUGGAUUUAGUCCAACAACAGAGGAGUAUAAAGUCUUAAGAUUUAGAUUACUUCCCGCUGAUUACUCAACUGUUGAUGUUCAUACUCUUGGAACAGAUACAUGGAGAAAUGUUGGGGAUGCCCCUUAUCCAGCCCAUGAUUAUGGUGUUAACCUAAAUGGCGCUGUACAUUGGAUAGACAAGAGGGGUACAAGUAUCUAUCCGUUUGAUAUUGAUGAAGAGCAGGUCCAUCCUAUCCCACUUCCUCUUGAGUUGAGAAACACCUAUUUGGAUGAGGUUGAUUUGGGGGUGUUGGGAAAUUGUCUCUCUAUAUAUCAAAAUUCCAUUAAUUAUCUUGAUAUGUGGUCCAUGAAAGAUUAUGGAGUAGCUGAGUCUUGGACUAAACUCCGUAUUCUAAAAACCUCAAUUCUACACGAGGCGCGGCUUUUUCCAGUCACAUUUUGGAGAGAUGGAGAGAUCUUGAUUUCAUGUAUGAAUGGCCUUCUAGUUUCCUAUAAUCAUGAAAAAGGGAAUUUUACUGCACUCAAGGUUUAUUACCCAAAAGAAAAGGUAUAUGCGUUCCAUGCGUUUUCCUACCGUUCAAGCUUUUUCUCACUUAAAGAUGUUGCAAGCAAAGGAGGUUUGAGGGUUGUGAAUGUCAAGUCCAAAAAGUAAUGUACCACUCCCAAUUCAUCAGAAAGAAUAAAGGAGAUUACUCUACAAAGAAGCGAUUUUUUGUGCGCAUGCUCUUGCAAAGGAAGAAUGUGUUCUUGUAUAAAAUCCGUCAUCUAUGUGGUUGCUAGAGGUCCCUGUAUGUUCUUUUAGAUUACUUUUGUAUACCCUUAAUCUGCUACAAGGCAAAGAAAAAUCUUUUUGCAACUACUAUAACUGCUGGUAAUAUAAUCUCUUGCUUAAUUACUUGAAUGCACAUUCUUUGUUUUUCAUAUUUAUAUAUAUGUUUCCCCUUU